CUGGCCGCCACCUGCACUGUGCUGGUGCGCCUGGCCGACGUCAACGACAACGCACCCGGCAUCCGCCUCAGCCCCCUGGGCCUGGGCGCCGCCGGCCCCCCGGGGCCCCUCCUGGGUGCCAGUGGCAGCCCUGAGCCCGGCCCUGGCGUGCUCUACGUGAGCGAGGCGGCGCCACGCGACAGCUUCGUGGCGCUGGUCAGCACCUGGGACCGCGACUCGGGCGCCAACGGGCAGGUGCGCUGCACGCUGCACGGCCACGAGCACUUUGCGCUGCGGCGCGCCUACGGCGACAGCUACGUGCUGGUGACGGCGGCCGCGCUGGACCGUGAGCACCUGCCCGAGUACAACCUCACGCUGGUGGCCGAGGACCUGGGCACGCCGCCCUUCCGCACAGUGCGGCCCUACACUGUGCGCCUGCGCGACGAGAACGACAAUGCGCCGCUCUUCGCCCCGCCGCCCCUUGGCCGCGUGGCCGUGCCCGAGAACAACCCCCCCGGCGCCUACCUUGCCACUGUGCUGGCCCGCGACCCCGACCUGGGCCCUAAUGGUAAGGUCACCUACCGCCUGCUCGAGGCCCAGGUCUCCGGUGCCCCCGUCUCCACCUACGUCUCCCUCGACCCUGCCACUGGCGCCCUCUAUGCCCUGCGCACCUUCAACUAUGAGGUCCUCAAGCAGCUGGACCUGCGCAUUGAGGCCAGCGAUGGUGGGACCCCACCACUCUCCAGCACUGCCCUUGUCACAGUGACGGUGCUGGACCAGAAUGACAAUGCACCGAUCAUUGUUCACCCGGCACUCAACAAUGGCUCUGUGGAGAUCGGGGUCUUCUGCAAGGCGCCCCCCAGUUCUCCCGUGGCUCAGAUCCAAGCCAGGGACGCAGAUGAUGGGGACAAUGCUGAGCUCACCUUCUCCUUCCUACCAGAGCCAUUGCCACAGCAAGAACUCUUUGCCAUUGACAGGGACACAGGAGAGAUCGUGCUGAUGGGAGACAUGUCUGAAGAGCUGGGGCAGACAUUCAAAGUCAUCCUCACUGUAAUGGACCAUGGUCAGCCCCCACUUUCCACCACAGCCACAGUCAACUUCCUAGUGACUGCCACGGUGCCUUCCAGCAGCCACGAAGUAGCCAAACCCAGCUCCUGGGAAGGGAAAGCUUUGCAAUGGGAUGUUCCUCUGAUUGUCAUCAUCGUCCUGGCGGGCAGUUGCACACUUUUGCUGGUGGCCAUCAUCACCAUUGCCACCACCUGCAACAAGCGCAAGAAGGAGACCAGGCUCAGGAACAAUGGACCCUUGAAGGAGCAGAUUGACAUCUCCCACCUGGAGAAGGUGAGGCAGGAAGAUGCUGUCCCCAAGGGCAACAUGUUUGAAGUACGAGCCUUUCCCAGCAAAGCAUCUUUCACCAGCCCAGAGCCUUCCCCAGCCACAGAGGAGGCCGCCUCUUCUGAGAACAAUGGUGACAACGCCUAUCUUUAUGAGGGUCAGAAACGACUGAGAGGAACAAAUGCAGAGCCUUAUGCCUCUGCUCCCAGCUACGGCAAAGAGUCGGCUCCUCCAGUGCCCAUUUGGAAGGGUCAUUCUUUCAACACCAUAUCCGGUCGAGAAGCGGAAAAGUUCAGCGGCAAAGACAGUGGCAAAGGUGACAGCGACUUCAAUGACAGUGACUCUGACAUCAGUGGGGAGGCCCUGAAGAAGGAUCUCAUCACUCACAUGCAGAAUGGACUAUGGGCUUGUACAGCUGAAUGUAAGAUCCUGGGCCAUUCAGAUCGCUGCUGGAGCCCCUCCUGUGGCCGAUCCAACACUCACUCAUCUCCCCGCCCUCCAGCUCAGCUGUCCACCUUCUGCAAAAGCACCUCCUUGCCCAGGGACCCCCUUCACAGGGACAGCUACUACCAGGCACAGCUGCCCAAGACAGUGGGGCUGCAGAGUGUCUACGAGAAAGUGUUACACAGAGACUUUGACAGGACAAUCACGUUGCUCUCCCCUCCCCGCCCUGGGAGACUCCCAGACCUUCAGGAAAUAGGGGUGCCCCUAUACCAAGCCCCAUCAACCAGAUACAUAGGCCCCCAGAAUGAUGCCAGCGAGAAAGUUUAACUCAUCCUUCAUCUUGGUGCACAUGUACAUAUGCGCACACUACUAGGUCACUCUCAAGAGCCCUUAACUUAUUGACCAGAUACAGUGUUGUACAUAGAAAUAAGCAAGAUGUGCCUUAAAAAUGAAGUUGUUGGGAAAGACUUCCAAUCACAUUGGUACUGUUUGAUAUUGGCAAACAACAAACUGUUUGUAGCUAAUGUAAUUUUUAUGAAAUGUGCAGUAUUUAAUUUAAGGGUUUGGGGGUUUUUUUCUUACUGUGCUCUUUUGCUUUUAGUUCACCUCGAGCCUGCCAUUUUUUGUAGUGUUUUUAACCUGUAUAUUGUGUAAUGUAAUGUUUGUAUAUAAAGGAAAAAUUGUUAUAUUUUUAUAUAAUAAAAGCUAAAAAAAUGAAGUUAUUGCCAAAGCAACUGUCUGAAAGACACAAAAAAAUAAUAUCCUGAAUAUUUAGAAUCACGUAGGGGAAAUUCCUCCUUUGUAAUGUAAUAACAACCUAAGCCACCCUCUGUACUGAGUAUUUUGCCUUGCCAAAUGUGACAUGUAUCUCUUAAGUCUGUGGUCAAUUUCAAGUUAAAUGUUAUUUAAUUACCUUUGGCUUCUGUAAUCUGUGUCACUGAUUGAUUAAACACACUAAUAAAGGCUUUGUGAUGUGUGCUCAGGGGUCUGCUGAUGGAUUUCAUGCUCCAAAGAUUACAGCUGCCGAUAG